AUGACACCACCGAGAAGCAACAGGUCAAGGAAAAAAGAGACUCGACGUAAAGCAUUUCUGCAUACAGUUGUUGCUACAGCUACUGUCGGAAUCGUUCUAUCGACGUUGAUUCUGGUUUGUAUAACCAACAGGGCUACCGAGGGAGCUUCCACGCCUACUCGUUUAAGACAUGACAUGCUUAAUAUUCAGCUAUCUCGGCAAAAUGUCGUUUAUCCAAACGCUUCAGCAACUCAUUUCGGGUACAAGAUCUCCCCUCGGAUGCAAUUCGACGUAAGAGUCAUUUCCAACCGGGUAGAAGCCAUUUCCGCUCAAGGAGAAACCCAACGAAUACCGACGUUACAGUCCCCGGUCGGUGGUGCCUUUGUGCAUUUAGGCAAAACUGGCGGGAGCGCUUUGUCAUCGCUGUUGCGAAAUGGGUGUCACUCGUGGUCACCUCACCCCUGUCGAAACGUAACAGACGAAACAAUGGCAUCUCGACUAAUCACAAGCUACUACCAUGUUCCUGAUUUCGGCUUACUACGUCAGUCGAAUCACGAUUUCUAUUUCAUUACACUUCGGGAUCCUUUUGACCGUGUUAUAUCCGCUUUUGUUUUCGAACAUAUUAUCAACAGAAGGGCCCGAGGUGAACCUGUGGAAAACCCAGUUCUGCGAGACAAGCUAGAGCGAGCAUACCAAUGCUUCCCAAGUUUGGAAGCUUAUGUUGGCUUUCUAAAGGGGGACUCACUCGAUUUCUCGUAUCCGUAUCACCAAGCAGUCAUCGUCGAUAAAUCUUGCAAAAAUCUCGCUCGGGCCGCCUUGCACGGCAAAGUUCGGCCGUUCAACCACUUCUUUUUCAACUACCGUCGGAUAUUUUCGUUUUUGCCAAAACCAGAGUCACAAAUCUUUCUAGUCACUCGGCAAGAGAAUUUGUGGGAAGAUUGGGAGCGGGCCAAUGUACUACUGGGUCAGGAGGAACCAGUAAUAAUUCCGGCGGACUUGGAUUUCCGGGCUGUCCGGAAUACCACGACCUUGACGCUGCCUGUUACGAGAGGUUUGAGUGCUGAUGGAAGGCAGACCCUGUGCACUGCAUUGGAGCAUGAAUAUUACGUCUUUUUCUGGAUUCUCAGGCGCGCCAGAAAUAUCCAGUCCGAGCAUUUGCAGCAAUCUAUCGAGAAGGCCAAGGUGAAUUGCCCCAAACUGCCAUAUACUAACUUCGUCUAA